AUGUCUUCAGAUGAUAAUAACACAAAAGUAGAAAUAAUCGAAGGGUUCACUGCUCCCUCUAAACAUGCCUCAUAUACUCUUCCUUCAGGGAAAGUCUUGGAUGUGGUUACAACUGCGUUCUCCGAUAAAAUCAUGGUGAUGGUGCACAGCAAUGGACGAUUAGGUCGAAUGUUCUAUGUGCCUUUACUAGGAUCUCCUGUUGGCGAAGGUCUACCAACAUCCUCUGCCAUUUUUGACCCCCCAUCUAAUGAUUAUGACGAGCUCGAUGAUGACGACCAUAAUGACAGUUUACUACCACUCCCUCAUUUGACUCCUAUGCCACUCUUAGGUGGUUCUAGUUCGUAUGAUAUGUCCGAUAUCCAGAGCAGAAUUUAUGCUGCACAGAUUGCAUCUGUAGUGGCACGCCAGGCUCCACAGGAUCGCAGACAGGUGGUUGUUGGAUUAGCAGCAGACUUGGGGCAUACCAAGAAGUCGAGUAGUGAUGAUCAUGCUUCUCUAGAAGUUUCACAAGAGCAGAGACGUGAAUUUUUAGAGAUUGUUAGAUUAGUACAGCUGUGUAAAGUAUGGUGA